UACUUACCCGACUUCAAAUGAACAUUAUCGCUCAACAGCUUAAGACACCACCAAUCCCCAGCAAAAUGUACAAGUUUUUGGUUCUCGCUGCCCUCGUUGCCUGCUCUGCGGCCAAACCAGGAGUGGUUGCCCCACUGGCUGCUCCUCUGGCGGCUCCUUUGGCCGCUCCUCUGGCCUAUGCCAAUGCUCCUCUGUACGCCGCCGGUGGCAGCAGCCAGGUGGAUGUGCGCAACAACUACGACGGCACCCUGUCCUCCUACACCACCGCCCCCUUCGAGUUCACCGCCCCCUACUCCAGCCGCUAUGUGUCCGGAAUCCCAGCUGCUCCCGCCGUGGUGGCCAAGUACGCCGCUGCUCCUCUGGCGGCUGCCUACUCCGCUCCUCUAGCUGCUCCAGUGGCUGCUCCUCUGGCUGCUCCUCUGGCUGCUCCUCUGGCUGCUCCUCUGGCUGCUCCUCUGGGUGCUCCUCUGGCUGCUUCUUAUGCUGCUCCCUACGCCGCUGCAUACUCCGCCUACCCCUACGCCUCGCCCUACGCCGCUCCCUACCUGGCAUCCCCCUACGCCGCUCCCCUCGCCGCCGCUGCCCCAGCUCCAGUGGUGGUCUAAGGACUAAUCGGUCAACAAGCCAAAUUUUAGACAAUUUUUGUAAAACAACUUGAAGAAUAAAUAACGAACAAACAAUUAACUAA